AUGGCUGCGACUGAGAAAGUUCAGCCAACGCUGCGAACAGCACGCCUAGAACUCGUACCUCUCGGGCCAGAACACCGAGAACACACUAUGAAGCUCGACAUGGACCCGAAAGUGAUGAAGCAUGUUGCCUUCGGCCGGCCCUUUACCGAGGACGAGGCGAUUCAAGUGCAUACCUGGCUGAUGGGCUGCGCGAACUCAGUUCCCGGUUUCGGAACGUGGGCAGGCUACACCCAAGGGGAAUUUGUAGGCUGGUGGAUCCUGGGACCAAUCCCUACAAAGGAUGACCCUGAGAAGUUUUUGACCGAUCGCACCGAGUACGGAUUCCGGGUAUCGCCGAAGUUUUGGGGGCAGGGAUUUGCAAAGGAAGGGGCCCGGGAGAUGAUUCGACACGCUUUCGUGGACUUGGGGCUAGUGGAGGUGAUUGGUGAAACGAUGACCGUCAAUACCGCGUCUCGCGCGGUGAUGGCGAGUUGUGGGCUGAAGCAUGUCGAGACCUUUUUCAAUACGUACCCAACACCACCGCCGGGCAUUGAGGAAGGUGAAGUGCGCUAUUCACUUUCAAGGGAGGAGUGGUUUGCGACGCAAGAGGCUGGGGCGUCACGAGGUUCGGACGGGAAAAGCUGGUCGCCUAUCAUGGCCUUGUCUAAGCUGUACUGCUAUCUGCGGAAGAUAUUGCGGUAG